AUGCUUGAGAAGAAACAAAAGAUCAUGUGGAAUGCGAUGCAGCUAUUCAUAUCCGAGGCGAGUCGAGACACGAUUUGCGGAGUGUAUUCGAACAAGACGCCUUCUCUUCCAUUAGUGCAUGCUCUUAAACGUCUGAAGGCCUGCAUUAAAAGUAAAAGGGCAGUCCCGUGUGAUGUCCUUCGACCUCGCAUUAUUCGAAUUAAUCCACACAGCCACUCGUACGAGCGGAUCUACACCAAGUGCAACAUUGUCCUCACUAUCGCAUUCAUCUGGCUCUUCUCCGUUUCUAUGAACCUACCGACGAUCCUCGGAGUCUGGGCAGUUUCCAUGGUUCAACUUCGGAAGCUCGAUGGAAUUUCGCGUGGGAAACCCGCGGGUGAUCUUCGGUUCCUCGUUUUUCACGCGAGCGAGGAAAAACUCGGCGGAAGUCUUCGUUUCGAUGUUCAUUCAUCUUCUGAUAAUCCGAAAAUAAUGCGGAUUAUUGACCUUGAACUUGACAAUUUGAUAAAACGAGCUUCUCAGGAAGCCCUGCUUGUGUGCCGCUCAACAACCGGGAAGAUGUCAGAUGGUUCCUCGGAAAAAUACUCGGUAGAUGCGCUCCCGAAACUGCCGAUUAGAGCGUCAUCGCUGUUUUUUACCCCGAAAAUCAAAUUCGUCGCGGACUUUAAUACAACGACGACGUCUGAGGCUACGGUUGCCAUCAUGGCCACCAGUAAUUAA